GAGAGCAGGACUCUUGACUCUGUGUGGGAGAGGCAGGGAGGGGGCUGUGCUGGAGUCCUGAUGCCCUCCUCCCCCAGAAGGCAGGGGCUCCACCAAAGGGCCAGCCCCAGGAAAUAGCCCUGCCCUCUCCUUUAACGUCCUCCUGGCCCAGAGGAGGAAGGGGAGGGGUGUGGUGGGGGUGUUGGAGCCCCCCUUCUUUCCUGCUGAAGAGGCAGGGGAAGAGUUAACUCAAAGCAGUGAGUCCCCAGCGCUGGCUCCAGAUCUGCACUUCUAGGGGACAGCCAGGAGGCAGGCCUCCCACCUCUCAAUGCACCACCUGCCCGGCCAGCAGGAAGGGGUUAACCUGCCCUGCGCUUCCUCCUGUGUCCUGUUACUGCUGAGGCAGACCUGCCGGGCCAGCUGAGCAACUUUCCUCCGAGUGCUGCCAGGCGCUGGCUAGGAGGCAAACGCACGCAGGAAGAGCUGCUACCCAUUCCAGGGACCCUGCUGCUGCCCCUCUGAGGGGUCCACGCCUCCUGGGAGCAGGUGGGUCUCUGGGACAAAGGUCCAUGGUGGAUGGCUCUGGAGACGCUCCGGAGGCUGUGCCAUUCCCCUGCCGCACACAUCGGAGGGUCACCGCAAAGGCUACUCAGGCCAGGGCUGGGGCCAAGGGAGCCCGAACUGGAGCCCCAUGUGGAACCCAAGGACACAGCUGCUCUGCUAAGAACACGGCAACCCAUCCUUCGAGACCGUGACCUCGCCACAGUGGCCCUCAGCCCUCCACCUCCAGCGGGGGCGAGGGCUGCCCACCUCCAAGUCUCCAGCCAUGACGACCUCCGCGCUCCGGCGCCAGGUGAAGAACAUCGUGCACAACUACACCGAGGCGGAAAUCAAGGUGCGCGAGGCCACCAGCAAUGACCCCUGGGGCCCCCCGAGUUCGCUCAUGUCUGAGAUUGCUGACCUGACCUUCAACACGGUGGCCUUUACUGAGGUCAUGGGCAUGCUGUGGCGGCGGCUCAAUGACAGCGGCAAGAACUGGCGGCACGUGUAUAAGGCCCUGACAUUGCUGGACUACCUGCUCAAGACGGGCUCUGAGCGGGUGGCCCACCAGUGCCGCGAGAACCUCUACACCAUCCAGACGCUCAAGGACUUCCAGUACAUCGACCGCGAUGGCAAGGACCAGGGCGUCAACGUGCGCGAGAAGGUCAAGCAGGUGAUGGCCCUGCUCAAGGACGAGGAGCGGCUGCGGCAGGAGCGGACCCACGCCCUCAAGACCAAGGAGCGCAUGGCACUGGAGGGCAUCGGCAUUGGCAGCGGGCAGCUGGGCUUCAGCCGCCGCUAUGGCGAGGACUACGGCCGCUCCCGGGGCUCCCCGUCCUCCUACAACUCCUCCUCUUCAUCACCCCGCUGUACCUCCGACCUGGAGCAGGCCCGGCCUCAGACAUCAGGGGAAGAGGAGCUGCAGCUGCAGCUGGCCCUGGCCAUGAGCCGCGAGGAGGCGGAGAAGCCUGUCCCCCCAGCCUCCCACAGGGAUGAGGACCUGCAGCUGCAGCUGGCUCUACGCCUGAGCCGGCAGGAGCACGAGAAGGAGGUGAGGUCCUGGCGGGGUGAUGGCUCCCCCGUGGCCAACGGUGCAGGGGCUGCUGUCCAUCAACAGCAGGGCAGAGAGCUCGAGAGAGAAGAGAGAAAGGAGAAGGAGAAGCUAAAAACCAGCCAGUCCUCCAUCCUGGACUUGGCCGACAUCUUCGUACCUGCCCCGGCCCCGCCCUCCACACACUGCUCUGCUGACCCAUGGGACAUCCCAGGUCUUAGGCCGAACACAGAGACCAGUGGCUCCUCCUGGGGGCCUUCUGCAGACCCCUGGUCUCCAAUCCCCUCAGGAACCAUCCUAUCCCGAAGCCAGCCAUGGGACCUGACUCCCAUGCUGUCCUCCUCUGAGCCCUGGGGCAGGACCCCAGUGCUGCCUGCUGAGCCCCUCACCACAGACCCCUGGGCACUCAACUCUCCCCAUCACAAACUCCCCAGCACUGGGGCUGACCCUUGGGGGGCCUCCAUGGAGACCUCCGACACGCCUGCUGUAGGUGAUGCCUCGGCCUUUGAUCCAUUUGCCAAACCUCCAGAAUCCACAGAGACCAAGGAGGGUCUGGAGCAGGCCCUGCCUUCUGGGAAGCCCAGCAGCCCUGCAGAGCUGGACCUGUUUGGAGACCCCAGCCCCAGUUCCAAGCAAAAUGGCACGAAGGAGCCAGAUGCCCUGGACCUGGGCGUACUGGGGGAAGCACUAACCCAGCCAAGCAAAGAGGCCCGAGCUUGCUGGACUCCCGAGUCCUUCCUGGGCCCGUCAGCCUCUUCCUUGGUCAACCUUGACUCAUUGGUCAAGGCGCCCCAGGCUGUGAAGACCCGGAACCCCUUCUUGACAGGUCUCAGCUCUCCGUCUCCCACCAACCCGUUCGGCGCAGGCGAGCUGGGCAGGCCGACGCUGAACCAGAUGCGCACCGGGUCGCCGGCGCUGGGCCUGGCGGGCGGGCCCGUGGGAGCGCCCCUGGGCUCCAUGACCUACAGCGCCUCUCUGCCCCUCCCGCUCAGCAGCGUGCCAGCCGGCGUGACCCUCCCCGCCUCGGUCAGCGUCCUCCCGCAGGCCGGAGCCUUCGCGCCGCCCCCCGCGGGCCUGGGGCAGCCGCUGCUGCCCACGCCCAGCUCAGCCGGGCCGAGGGCCCCGCCCCCGCAGAGCGGCACCAACCCCUUCCUCUGAGCACCGCCCCGCGCCGGGCCGAUCUGCGCCUGCGCCGGGCGCACCGCGGCCCCGCCUCCGGACCGGGACUGGGCAGGGCGGCGGGGCUCGUGGGUCGCGGAGCCCGUUGCGGCUGGAUUCCUGCGGCGGCUCCGGAAGCUGGACGUGGACCACGGCCCGGGAACUAGAGACUGAUCGCCCCCAUAAUAAAGACUGGAACGCUCGUUCUCAGCUCUCGCCAAGUGGACUUUUUGCGGGGUGUGGCUGCCGGGUCCAGACCACAGCGUGGAUCAUCGGCUACCGAAGAUACUGCAGCUGCACAACGUGGGGUGCAAAACUGCCCCCACUUCCUUUCCAGCUCCUCUCAACCCUCACCUCCAUCCCCCGUCACCCUGGCACCUUCGCUUCCAGACGCUUCCAGGCUGUCACUCAUUCGGUCAUUUCAUUCAUUUAUCACACAUGGGCACUGGGGCUGAGCUAACAGCAAGAGACAAUAGGCCUUUGUUCCUAUUUAUUGGGUACUUACUACUUAUGUGCUGAGCAGAUCAGUUUAUUUAAUCCUUGCAACGACUCUCUAAGGCAGAUAAUAUUGUUAAUUCCGUUCAGGACCCCAGCUACAUCAUUUGUGGGGCUCAAUACAAAAUGAAAAUGUGAGGGCUCCUUGUU